GACUGCGGCGGGAAAAACAAUCACUCCCAUUGGCGGAAAAAAGUCACGUGAUCUACAUUGGUUAGCGUCUUACCGGCCGCACUGCUCUUUAUUUCCUUCACAAAGAAUUGUACAGCGUUCAUAAUACUACACUAUGGGUCGUCCAAAGGCAGAAGGGGGUAGGAAGAGGAAAGCUAAGGACCCAAAUAAGCCAAAGAGGUCCACAUCAGCCUACUUCUAUUUCUUGGGCAAAAUGAGGGAAGAUGCAAAAAGCUCUGGAAAACCCAUAACAAAGAUUGCAGAAUUCACCAAAGAAUGUUCAGCAAAAUGGGCAAAAAUGACAGAAAAAGACAAAGAGCCAUUCAGCAAAAAGGCAGCCGCUGACAAGAAGAGAUAUGAUGCAGAGAUGGCAGCUUAUAAAGGCAAGGACCCCAGCGAGGCAGGCAAACCAAAGAGACCUCAGUCCGCCUACUUUUGCUUCCUAGCCGACUUCAGGGAAAAAAUGAAAGGGAAGAACAUCGACCAUAAGGAGAUCAUCAAAAUGGCUGGUGAGGCCUGGAGGAACCUUGAUGACAAUGAGAAGAAACCCUUUGAGAAGUUGGCCCAGAAAGAACAAGAGAAAUAUGAACAAGCCCUGGCUGACUGGAGGAGGGGUGGUGGAGGAGCAUCCCCAGCCAAGAAGUCCAAACAGGAAGAGAACGGCGAUGAUGAUGACGAGGAGGACGAAGAAGAUGAAGACGAUGAUGAGGACGAUGAUGAAUGAAGAGCCGUGGAACGUAGUGUGAAAUUCCUACCCAAUUAAUGCCAGUCCAUACCGUCACAAAGAUCUGCAUCACUAUUUUAUUGACCCAGCACUACCGUGGAAAAGAGAUCUCGUCUAGCCACUGCUGAAUAACUGUGUUCUAGUAGAUAUGGUGAAAAAAAAUAGAUUUUUAUUUAAAUGUAAAGAAAAAAGAUUGAUAGUUGGAUGAAAUAUUAAUACAUGGUUGUUUGAGGAACUGAAUGAAGUUAUGUCCCUUGACCAGUGCUAAAUUAUGCAUUAAAGCUUUAUCUAGGAUAUUUGAUAUUAUUAUACAUUUGAGGUACGACAAAGUCUUUUGAACAAAACUUUUUUUGGGUGAAAUAACUUGAGUUUUAGUAAUGAAGAAAGGUUGGUGCAAUCUGGUUGUAAAUAUUUCAUAUUUUUAUCAUUAUAGACCAUUCAUUUUAUCAUAUUUAAUCUCAUCUGUAUUUUUUUGUCCCAUGUAUGUAAAGCAUUGUAUUAAAAGUGACUCUACAAAUUUAUAAGUUAUUCUGCGUAUUGACAGAUAUGCAUUGCACAGAUACUCCAUCCUAACCCUGCCUGACGCGGGGAUUUAUAUUUUUUUGUCUUCUGGAUUUUUUCCACUCAGGGACUAUGAUGUUGACAGGCAUUUCAAUUUUUGAUCAUUUGCACCAUUUUCAGCAUUUUUCUCAAGAAAUAUUAUAUGUUUAUUGUUGAAAAGAGAAGAAAUUUCCAAGCAAUAAUUUUCAAGUAACCUUUUAUAAAUAUCAAAUUAUGUCAGUGCUGAUUCAUGUAAUUGUUUCAUCAUUUUUCGUCAUUUUUCAUGUAGAAAACAUAUCAUGAUAUCAUGUGUUGGAAAUUUGUGAAAGUUUGUAUCUUUUUAGUGAGAAUUUUUAAGAACUGAAUAAAAUCAAACAUUUUUUUUUCUGCCAUUUUAUGUUUAGAAAAGUUUAGUUUUUACAACUUCGAAUUAAUAUUGUUUGCAAGUUGUAUGUAAUAAAAAUGUGUGCUUUA